UCCCCACCAAACUCUCUUCAACUUCACAGACCACACAAAACAGGGCAGUAAGGGGAGGCCCAACUACCCUGAGAGGAGGAGGAGCCACCACCCAUCGCAUUGCCUUUAUCAUCAUUCAUCCUCUCAACUGAAUCUUCUUCUCCAAAGAUUUCUCGAAAAUGGAUCCUAAAAAGAUUCCAUCCCAUGAAAAUGAAGAAGCAGAAGAGCAAACCCAGGUGGCAGCCGCCAUUGCUACACCUUCACCGCCCAUUGCAUCUAUCUCCCUAUCUUUAUCCACAAUCCUCCCUACCCACUUCCUCAACCCCCCCAAAAUCUCCACCCUUUUAGCUCCCAGCCCCAACAAAAUCAAAAUCCCUUCCCAAAUCUCCUCUCUCUCCCGCCUCUCCCUCGCCGCCUCUCUCUCCCCGACAAAGCCGCUCCUCAAAUCCACUCUUUCCGCAACCCCUCUCCACAGCCCUCUCUCCCUCAACCCUCUCCGCCCCUCCGACCCCUCCAACGCCGCCGCCCUCCGCCGAGCCUCCAUCGUCUGGUUCCGCAACGACCUCCGCGUCCACGACAACGAGUGCCUCAACGCCGCCAACAAUGAAUCCAUGUCGGUCUUGCCUGUUUACUGCUUUGACCCCAGAGACUACGGCAAGUCCUCCUCUGGAUUCGACAAGACCGGCCCGUACCGCGCCACGUUCGUGAUUGAGUCAGUCUCGGACCUCCGGAAGAACUUGCAGGCGCGAGGGUCUAAUCUCGUCGUCAGAGUUGGGAAGCCGGAGACGGUGCUCGUCGAGCUGGCCAAGGCCGUCGGCGCCGAGGCAGUGUAUGCUCACCGCGAAAUUUCUCACGAUGAAGUUAAGUCCGAAGACAAGAUUGAGACUGUGAUGAAGAAUGAAGGCAUCGAUGUGAAAUUCUUCUGGGGAAGCACAUUGUAUCAUGUUGAUGAUUUGCCUUUCAAACUUGAAGAAAUGCCUACAAACUACGGCGGGUUUAAGGAAAAAGUUCAGAACUUGGAGGUUAGGAAGACCAUUGAAGCUUUGGAUCAGUUAAGGGGAAUGCCGGCUAGAGGAGAUGUUGAGACUGGAGAAAUCCCAUCUUUGGUUGAUUUGGGUCUCAAUCCUACUGCUACAAUGAGCCAGAAUGGAAAGCCUGCUGCUAAUGCUUCCCUUGUUGGAGGAGAGAGCGAAGCCUUGCAGAGAGUUAAGAAGUUUGCAGCUGAAUGCCAAGAGCAACCGAAUCAAGGAAACAAGACUGGUGGAAACGAUAGCAUAUACGGUGCAAACUUUUCCUGCAAAAUAUCUCCCUGGCUCGCUAUGGGAUGCCUCUCCCCUCGGUCUAUGUUUGAUGAGUUGAAGAAGUCUACAUCAAGAAAAUUUCCUGUUGCCUCUAAAGUGAAAGAUGGUGGUAGCGGUGGCACUGGACCAAACUGGUUGAUGUAUGAGCUGAUGUGGAGAGAUUUCUUCAGAUUCAUCACCAAGAAAUACAGCUCUGCUAGACAAAACAGCACCGCCCCAGUGACAGUAUGUGCAGGGGCCGCGGUAAAUUGAAAUAGACAUCAUUGUACCAGGGAAGAACUUCACCUCGUAUCUUCAUUUGACAUCAAUGAAGCAGGGAGUAUUGAGGUUGUCUAAAUAAGGUUGAUAGAAAUUCAUCAUUUGUAGCUAGCAGUGUUUAGUGACUUUAGUCUAUUUCCCAGACUGUCUUCUUGGUAGGCUAUGGUGUGUUUUUGUAUUGUGGACAUUUGUCGAAAAGCUGCUCAUGCUAGAGAUUAAUAUCUAUUCUGUAAAAUCUAUAUAAUUGAAUUAAAGAAUCUCA